AUGGACUGCCAGUAUGCUGAGGCUGUAGCGAACUCUCCCGGCUUAGUGAAACCGGCAACUAAGAGAAAGUGGACAACAAAAGAGGACCUUGUGCUCAUCAGUGGUUGGCUGAACACGAGCAAGGACCCUAUUGUCAGUAACGAGCAGAAGGUUACUUCCUUCUGGAAGAGAAUUGAGGCGUAUGUUAAUUGUAGCCCUCUGCUCACUGGCUGCGUUCCUAGAGAAUGGAGUCAGUGUAAGCAGAGGUGGGGAAGGGUCAACGAGCAGGUCUCCAAGUUUGUGGGAAGUUAUGAAGCGGCUCUGAAGCACCAAUCAAGUGGUGAAAAUGAGGAUGAUGUCAUGAAGGCUGCUCAUGAGAUCUUCUUCAAUGAUUAUCAAGCGAAGUUCACCAUGGAACACUGUUGGAGGGAACUGAGACAUGAUCAGAAGUGGAAGUCAGUUUAUAAGUCAAAAGAUGGCGGCAAGGAAAAAGGGAAGGAAGCUGAGGAAGUGAUACCUGAGGAGGAGGUUAGACCGCCUGGUGUCAAGGCUUCGAAAGCAGCCAAACGCAAGAGGCACGGCCAUGAAGCUGCUUUCGAUCAAAUUGAGAGUAUCUUGGCUGAGAGAAAGAAAAUUUCUCAGCAGAAACUCCUAGAUCGUCUCCUUGCCAAAACUGAUCUAUCUCCUAAUGAAAUCACCCUGAAAAACAAACUCAUUUCUGAACUCAUUGAUUGA